AUGAAUUGGACAGGCGGUCGUCUUCGGCGUCAAUCGCACAAUAAACCUAAUUCCAUUUUACGUAUCCAGAAGCAGCACUUCGCCAAGGCGCGCCUCAAGCAGCGAGAGGCUCAAAUCAAGGCGGCUCGUUCGCGAUGUGAUCUUCAUGCUGAUGACUCGGGAAAAUCACGUUGCAGCCAUACCAGUAAUUGGGACAAAAGACAAGUAGCAAACCAGACAGAAAAGACUUCCCGAUAUCAUCCGCUUUAUGCACCAUUUGAUACCGCACUGGAAAGUAGUAGCACGUCUUACGUAGACAACUUCAAACAGCACCUGCUACAAAAGCAUGACUGGGUUGGGCUCUCUCCUACCCAGCCAGCGCAAGUGAAAUUUGCAUCAAUUGAAGAGAAGGAAAGAAUAGGAAGGAGAAGGAAGCUAUCAGAAGAUGAAGAAGCGAGGAUCACUGUCAUGGCCAAAAGAACAGCUUUCAGGCGCUCACGCUUGGACUCUAUCGAGGAUCAAUUCGGCGCGAGAAUGAACGCAAAUCCUGAAUCCAACAUCAACAUCCAAAUCAAUACAGCCGAGGUACCAUUGCGUGCUUAUGAAAAUCCAAAGUUUUCCAGAGGAUCCAAUUCAUCAGAUUCGAUGCUUCUUGAUGUUGAGGACACUAGAGAUACUUGGCCGUUUUCCAUAUUUGCACAGCAUCAUGUUGAAGCUACCCAGAGAGGAGUAUUUUCAGAAAAUGAACUUCCGCAUACCGCCAAGCGCAAUGAUUUAAAUGGAACCAAGGGAGGGCGAUGCGAGCCAAUGAUGGAUAUGUCCAUGAAAAGCCAAACUCAGCACAGCACUUCGAGCAUGCCAAUUCUGCAUAGGUUCACUUUAGAUGACCAGGUACUUGAUGAGGGUGGAGAACAUUCGGGUUCGGACUUGAAUCACCCUAUAAGAUCAAAAGAUCAAAUUCGGAACUCUUCUUUCCCGCGGUGCAAUUUCUACCAUAAACGCGGCAAUAGUGAGCGAGAUGAUGAAGAAACAAUCUUGAGUUUUCCUACUACUAUGAGGCUGGAUGAUACAUUCCCCAAGGACACGGAAUCUUGUGGAAGCCACCCCACAGAUUCAGAUACAUUGCCCCAGACGCAGAAGAUCGCAAGGCAACUACCGCCAUCUCAACCGCGUCCAAUCAACCAACCUAUCUUUGCUACACCCUUUCGCACUACAAGACAAGAUUAUGAGGGACACGUACAAGAUAGUGAGCCAACUAUUGAUGUCACAUCUUCUACUCAUCAAGUCUCAGAACCACCACAUUUUUUCGGGCAGAGCAUGCCUCUGGUCCAAGGCUUGCAGAAUGCUGAGCCUUCCGGUUUCAUAUCCCCGCAGCCAGAACGACCAUUUGCUCCAAAUAUACAUAUUCGCCACCUAGGCCAAAUAAGUGCCAACAAUAAAACUCGAGAAGAAGAAAAUGUCACAGAGUCACUCAAUAAACCCGGUAAAUUUCGCGUUCCAUCCUACUGGACCCUACCUCGCAAUGACCGACAACUCCUGGAUGCUGACGAGAUGACGACACACUUGAAAAUUCCAACCUCGCCUUUCGUCGCUCCGUUACCUCGAAAAUCUUCUGGCUUUGGUGUUCUAGAGAGGCAUACCUAUGCAUCACAAAGUUCAAAUGCCGAAAGAUAUGCUACUAGUAUAUUUCACAACCCAGGUGCUUAUGAAAGAAGCGAAAUGCCGCCAUACUUCAACAUGCCAUUUCGCCGAUAUGUGCAAUAG